UUAGUGGAUAGAGUCUGGUGGCCAUGGAUGUUCACAUUUGUGGAAUGGUAUUGUCAAACAUGCCAUGAAUGCCAGGUUAGAUCUAAUUAUGACAAAAGCUCAAUUGGAAUAGCAAGGUUUAUCUUUGAGGACAUAAUCUGUAUCCCACAAAUAAUUACAGAUAAUGGAUCGGAAUUCAAGGACACAGUUCAAACAUUAGUGAAGAAAUAUAAUGUUCCAGUGAUUCACACCUCCAUGGAGAAUCCAAGGGCAAAUGGAAUGUUAGAAGUAGGACAUAGGUAUUGGUUAGAUGCAAUUUGGAAGAAUUGCAAGGGAAAUAGACACAAAUUAUCACCUGGAUAUGCAUUCGACACGUUCCUGACACAAAUGGUCCAAAUGGUUUUACUAUGCUAUGUGGAUAGAGUGAUGGUGUGGAAAGCUAUAGGAUUUUCACCAUAUUAUUUACUAUAUGGCCAAGCACCUCUAUUCCCCUUUGAUAUUUCCGAAAGAACAUGGCAUACAUUGGACUGGCAUAAAGUGGAAUCUACAAUGGAUCUACUAACACUAAGAAUGGCUCAAUUGAAAGAAAGGGAUGACAAUAUAGACCAAGCAUCAAAGGAUCUAGAAGCCCAACAGCAGAAAAAUGUGCAAGCAUUAUGGGACAAAUAUGGAAAACCUCAAUAUAAAAAUCCAAUCAAACCCGGCACUAUGGUAUUAGUAUAUAAGAAUUUCCUAGAUAAUAAACAAGGAAACAAAGGAGCACUGAGAUGGUUUGGGCUGUAUUACGUGGUAGAAAGCUGA